UAUGGGAACAUAUAUUAAACAAGGAAAACAGAUUUCAAAAGGUCAUUAUAAUACUGCUUGUAAUUUUUACAAAAAAUAUUGGCAUAAAGGAUCACCAGAAGAAUGUGAAAAUCAUUUAGCAAACUUAUGUCCAAAGGUACCAUUAGAAAUUCGAGAUUUAUUUUUAAAAAAAAAAGUAGAAGAUAAUUUAAAAAAACUAAAUAAAAAAAGAAAACUUAACGAAAAACAAUCACAAACAAAA